CAGAACUACCCUUUUUCCCCCCUCUGUUCUUGUGUUUUAAAAAUCUGCAUCAGAUCAUCACAGUCCAGCUUUAUACCCUCCAUUUGAUUCCCUCCAAGAACAUUAUAUAUAUGCCCACACAUUCACUCAAGUAGGGGCUGAGCUGAAAAUCCUCAAAACAGAUUCUUGUUCUUCAAAGCGAGAAUCAAGUCCAUAAGGGUUCGAGUCGAGACUUGAAGUGGAGAUGUCUACAGUUGCCGCAGGAACUUUGGCCUUGCCGACACCUAAGGACGCCGCUUUCAAGAGUUCAGGCGAAACCGAAGAUGCGAAGGUCGAGAAUGGGGCUGUUCGUGCAGGAAGCGAUCGCGUGGAAGAAGAUGAUGAUGGGAAGUUGAGGUCUGUUGACGAGCAAGACUCUGGUCUGAAGUUCUCUUUGAAGGAACAAAUUGAGAAGGACAAGGAUGAGGGAAGACUAAAGAGAUGGAAAGAACAUCUCUUUGGAAGAGUGGAUGUCUCUGCCAUUGACUUUGGGGUCGGGAAAAAAGUGCCAGAAGUGAAGAUACUGACCCUUUCGAUCCUAUCCCCGGGAAGACCGGAUGUUCACUUGCCAUUUGCUGCUUCAAACAACCCAAAGCGCAGUCUCUUCACGCUCAAGGAAGGAUCACAGUACCACACGAAGUUCUCAUUCAACGUCUUCAAUAGCGCCGUGUCCGGCCUCAAGUAUGCAUACACUGUCUGGAAGACCGGCAUAAGAGUGGAGAACACCAAAAUAAUGAUUGGAACUUUCAGUCCCAGGCAAGAACCAUACACCCAUGAGUUGGAGGAAGAGACCAUCCCUUGUGGUCUAUUUGCCAGAGGCUCUUAUUUUGUCAGAACUAAGUUCGUGGAUGAUGAAGGUAGGUGCUACAUGGACUUCAGCUACUACUUCGAGAUCAGAAAGAACUGGCAAUGACUGUCUCGUGCGCUCGUGUACGCCUCUUUAAUGAACGGAAAUGUGAAACAGCCGGUAAAAGCCGCUGAAAUUGUUUUCUCUUCCUGUGAUUGGACUUUGUCGACUCCUGUCAAGCCGCCGAAGUAUUCGAAAAGAGGUAAUAAAAUCUCUAGUAUGGAAUCUGAUGUAAGGCAAUUUCUGGGCUCUGGCUUUU